AACGAUGGAAAUGAAGAGAUCAAUGCACUUUCGAGUCCGACGCCGCAAGAACAAGGCGCGGCGGCACGUUCGUAGAGGGACUGAAAGGGACCACGAACUGAAAGGGACCACGCAGGAGGGAGUUGACGUAGUCGACGAUCGCACGCUGUCGAGUGCUCUCAUGGAUCGCUUCGCGGGUCCGACCGAGGCAGCAUGCGACCAACUGCAACUGCAGGAGGAUGCGAGGCUUCUGCAAAGGCUGAAGCAGGAGCUGGAGCAGCCGACCGCAACGUUGCUGGAGAGGCGCCAACUGCUGCCCAUCUUCGGCCAGCUCAAGAUUUUAUCGAGGAAACAGCACAUCCGCACGGCCAUCGGCCCAGAAGGCAUCCGGUCUCUGAUCAGGCACUUGAUCGAGUCCAAGCAUCUCGCCAAGGUCGCGGCCGAGGGUGCCAAUGUCAUCCUCAAUGUGUGCUACGAGAAAUCGAAUGUGAAUGUGGUGCUGGAGUCCGGUGGCACGUCGACGCUGGUGAGUUUUCUGUCUUCGGACGAUGAAGAACUUCAGGCCAAUGCCGCUGGCGCGCUGCAGAGCAUUUGCUUCCAACCAGAAGGUCGGGUGAUCGUGCGGAAUCUGGGGGCGAUCCCUGCGCUGGUGAAGCUUCUGGACGUUCCGUCGGUCAAUGUCAAGGCCCGUGCCGUCGGAGCAUUGCACAAUAUGAGCUCUGAUGUGUACGCCAUCCGCGUCAUGCGUCGGAAAGGAGGAAUCAAGUCGCUCGUUAAAUUGCUGCGCUCUGAGCAUUCGUCAGUUUGUGGCUCGGUCGCAGGAGCUCUACAAAAUGUGUCCCGUGAAAUCGCAAGCCGAUUGAUCAUUAGGGAGAGCCAGGCAUUGCCUCUCUUAGUAGGCUUACUGUCACAUUCCGAAGUGCAAGCACAGGUAAGUGCUGCUGGAGCAUUACUCAAUGUUUUGGGCCCAGAGAUGAACGAGACUUGUGCCUCCCGCAAUGCCAUGGACAAAAAACGAAAAGCCUUUGUUCGCACUGUGACCUCCAUGCUUGUGGCAAGCCUUGUUUACGACGCCUGUUUCACUUCAGGUCCUUCAAAGGACUCGUAUUCAUUCCACCAACUGAAACAUGCAAGUGACCCUUGCAGCCAGGGCUCUAGUUCUGGAGUCUAGAUCGAGAUUUUGAAUUAGAUGAGGAAGCCUUUGUACGGUUUGAUCUAUCCUUCCAGGCGCGAGAAAUUCGAGUAUUAAAAAUUCGGGAGAUGGCGCCUUUAGCAUACUUGACCUACACUAAUCUGAAAAUCUGUUAACCUAAACUAAUCUGAGAAAUCUGACGCGGAUCACACAGAGAGUCGCUGUCUACCCUGAGCC